AUGGCUGCGGAAAAGGACGAGCAUGAGGAGACGACAGCGGUUGAGCACCACCAUCACCACCAUGCGCCAGCAGACCCCGCCCACAAUGGGGAAGUGGACGAAGACAAUGAGGUGGACGACGAAGAGGAGGAUGAGCCAAAGCUCAAGUACACCCGGCUGACGGGUAAUCUGGCGUCGGUAUACCGCGGCGGAGAUGCAACAAGCGCGUCCAUGGUAGCUGGGGACAAAAUGAUUAUUGGCACGCAUAACGGCAACAUAAAUGUCCUAGCAUUACCGUCCUUCGUACCCCUCAAACUUUACCGCGCACAUACAGCAUCUGUCACCGCGGUAUCAGUCUCGCCUUUUCCACCUGCUCCUAAUACCAGGCCAGAAGCCCUCGCCAGAACCGUCACAGAAGCCCCCGCUACGCCUGUAAGAGCGCCUUCAACGAACAACGCUGCCAUAGCCUCGCCUCGGACGCCCAAGCAGCAGCCAGCCAUCCCCGCGACGCCGUCAAACUCAAUAUACAUAGCGACUUCUUCAAUCGAUGGACACGUGUGCGUGCAGUCUCUGGUGGACUCGAAGGAUGUCAUGUUGCGGAAUUUCGCGAGGCCUGUACAGACCGUGGCGCUCUCUCCAGAGUUCAAGAGCGACCGAAGCUACCUGUCAGGCGGCCUAGCAGGAAGCCUGAUACUCACGACCGGCGGCCGACCUGGUGUGAGCGCCAACGCGAACACGAACAGUCCAGCAGCGGCUGCCUCCGGAUGGCUCGGGUCCAUUGGCCUCGGGUCGAACACUGGGAGGGACACGGUACUACAUUCUGGCGAGGGUAGUAUUAGCACCAUCAAGUGGUCCCUGACCGGCAAAUAUGUUGUCUGGGUAAACGAGCAGGGCAUCAAGAUCAUGCGAUCGAACAUCCGACUCGACAGUGCGGAUAGCGAAUCAGCUUGGAAGCGCAUCGCCCACGUUGACCGACCAAAUCGAAAAGGUUGGGAAGACAUGGCAGGGGUGUGGAAAGCGCGCGCUGAGUGGAUCAAUGAUAGCAACCUUGAGUCGGACAAUGAUGAUUCCCCUGUCUCGAACGGGUCACCUGACAAAACCGCUGGCACACGCAAGGUCUCCAACGCGAAGAAACGUCUCGAGAAGCUGGUAGUAGGAUGGGGAGACGCCGCCUGGGUAAUUCAGGUAGAUCCCGGUGGGGCUGGUACUGGAAAGAACGUUGGGGAGAGGACUGUGGGCAGCGCGGAGGUUUUGCGUUUCUUACGGUUCAAUGACUGCAUUGUCUCUGGGUUAUCGCUCUAUACCCCUUCUUUGCUUCUUGUACUUGCUUACCGCACACGCGACGACGAUAAUAAUCCGAUCCCCACCUCUGUACAGACGACGCCACGAAAAGGCGUUCACCAUCGACAGAAUGGGCUUCAGCCUGAAGUACGACUAGUCGAUGUCGCCAGCAAACUAGUCGUCGACGAUGACACACUGACUGUGAGCCGGUUUGAGUCACUUUCAGGCGCCGAUUAUCAUCUCAGUACGCUGUAUGUACCGCCAGUACCAACGAACAUCACUCCAGCCCAACGUGGCGCUCUAGAAGCCAUUGGAGGCGGUCUCUGGGACGCAGGCGUCAGCGCGACUCGCAUCUUCAGCUCUGGCGCAAGCAUCAUCAGCCUGCCCAACAGCGGUGAAAACGCAAAGUCAUCCUCGCCUGCUGGCUCAGCCAGCGCAGGCAAAGCGUCCCUCGCCGGCCGGAAACCACAGGAGCCACACCCCGCAACUAUCAGCCCCGGUCUCAAGAUUUUCAUCCAGAGUCCGUAUGACUGCGUUCUAGCAGUCAAGCGAGACCGCUCCGACCAUCUCGCUUGGCUCCUCGAACACGAGAAGUACAAGGACGCAUGGGAGCUCAUCGAGAAGCAUCCGGAUGUCGUUUCCACAGCGGACAGAGACGCAGAUUCCUCACCCGCCAGCACGCCCUCCAAGACGCGCCAGAGCCUCGCAGACUUCUUCGCCGAUGACGCCACCGCGUCCCAGACGACCGUCUCAGCCACAGCAGCCGCCAGCCGCGCUCAUAAUUCCGCCGUCGAGAAAGAAAAACGCCGCAUCGGCGAUCUCUGGGUCCAGCAGCUUGUCUCAGCGGGUGACUGGGCAGCCGCGGGCAAAGUAGCCGGACGCGUACUCGGCACCUCCUCGAGAUGGGAGCACUGGGUAUGGACGUUUGCGCAGGCGGGAAAAUUCGACGACAUCACACCAUACAUCCCUAAAAAACCACUCACGCCACCACUACCAAGCUUGGUAUACGAGGUUGUACUCGGCCACUACAUCAUCAAUGAUAGGCUACGACUCAGAGACCUGCUGGAGCAGUGGGAUCCGGAGCUAUUCGACAUUGGCAGCGUGAUCAAUGCUAUUGAGGAUAAGCUCCACGCGGGGGACGUCACGGAGAACAGCGUCGAAGGCGGGGAAAGAGGCCGCGAUUGGCGGAUCCUGACGGAAGCGCUCGCCAAGCUGUAUCUGGCGGACAACCGGCCGAAGGAGGCGCUGAGGUGCUAUAUCCGGCUGCAGAAUGCGGAUGCCGCCAUGAGUAUCAUCCGCGACUAUCACCUCCUUGCGGCCGUGGCGGACGAUAUUCCGGGCUUUGUGCUGCUAAGGGUCUCGAAGGAGCAGAUGGAGUCUGCGCCGCUGAGUGAGCUGGAAGAGGCGAGCUCGGAGGCUAUGCGUCUCCUUGUCGAUGAGGCGUAUCAGGGUAUUGUACGGCCGCAUGUUGUCGUCGAGCAGCUGCAGGAGAAGGGGCCGUCGUAUCAGCCGUUCCUGUUCUUCUACCUCCGAGCGCUGUGGAAGGGGACGGGCAGCGAGACAGAGUUCGGAAGGGGCACGGAGAGGAUCGCUACCGAGGGCAAGACUUUGGUCGAAGAGUUUGGGGACUUGGCAGUCGAGCUACUGGCGGAGUACGAUCAGCCGCUGCUUGGCGAGUUUCUCAGGUCAUCCGCUUCCAGCUAUGAUCCGGAAAAGGCGAUUGCGGUAUGCGAGACAAGGCAAUAUAUACCGGAGCUGGUAUACCUCCUUAGCAAAACCGGCCAAACAAAACGCGCCCUCUACCUCCUGACAUCCUCCCUCUCCGACGUAACCGCCGCAAUCGCAUUCUGCAAAUCCCAGCAAGAUCCCGAUCUCUGGGACGACCUGCUCUCCUACUCCAUGGACAAGCCGCGCUUCAUACGCGGCCUGCUCGAGGAAGUCGGCACGGCCAUCAACCCCAUUGAUCUAGUUCGACGCAUCCCCGAAGGUCUCGAAAUAGAGGGCCUGCGAGAGGGCAUCGGGCGCAUGGUAAGAGAGUAUGAGAUUCAGGUGUCCAUUAGUGAGGGCGUGGCGAGGGUGUUGAGAGGGGAGGUUGCGGUGCGAAUGGAGCUGCUCCGGAAAGGACGGGUCAGGGGCGUGAAGUUCGAGAUCGUGCACCAGGAGCCGGAGCACGUGGACGUGGGGGUUGAGAACGUGGAAGUGCCGGUCCCGCCGCCGCUCAAGGGGACGGAAAUGGAUGAGAAGCGCAGGAAGAAGAGGGCGGAGCCGGGACAUUGUGUUCAGUGUGACCUGGCCUUUGCGGAUGAUGAGAAAGACACACUCAUCGGCUUCGCCUGCGGACACGUCUAUCAUCUGGCCUGCAUCCUACCCGACUUCUCUCCCAUCAACGCCUCAGCUGAUGACGACAGCUAUGGGUACAGCUCCCGCAGCGUUGGGCCGAAAGUCUCGCACGCGCAUGUCAUUGGGAAGGCACUGAAAGGCGGGUGUCCUGUCUGCGCUGAGGACAGCACAGAGGACGCGUGA